AUGCCCAGCUUCAAAGCUCGCAUCCUUAGUUGGAUCAUCUGGUGGUGGUUCAAGAGCACAUGGAGUUCAGCGGAGGGAAUCAACAACCGCAUCGCCAAGGAACGUCUUCGUCCUGAGCGUGUACCUCCCAAGCAUCUCUACAAAGAAUUCGCCGUUGAAGAAUACAAGAGAAAAGGCCACAUUGCGGAUUAUGUCGUUUACAUAGUCUCCCCAAAAACAGAGACGCCAACUCGUGGUCGAAUCUUGUAUCUUCAUGGCGGUGGCUUCGUCUUUGACAUCACGCCUCAGCACUGGGAACUUGUGGCUCAGCUUGCGAGACGUCUGAAUGCUACUGUUACCGUGCCCAUAUACCCGCUUGGCCCUGAGACGUCGCUUAUGAAGAUGUAUGAGUUCGUGCAGCCGCUCCACGACGAACUCGCAUCUGCACCAGACCGGACGCCUUUUUGGGUCAUUGGUGAUUCAGCUGGAGGAACCAUGUCUCUCGUUCUCACGCAGAAUGCAAAAUUGGCUGGUAAACAGACUGCACAGAGAAUUGUGCCUAUCACGCCUUGCACUGAUUCCAGUCUCGUCAAUCCUGAACUUCACAAUGCAGCGCUCAAGGAUCCAUGGCUGGACGUCCCUGGCAUCGCCGAGAUUACAAGACUCAUCUGUCCAGAGAUGGAUACUCAGCAUCCUAAUGUUAGCCCCAUCUACGGAGAUCUGAGACUACCGCCGAUGUUGGUAUUCGCAGCUGGCUUGGAUCUCUUGACUCCUGAUACCAAGAAGAUGGUUGAGAUGGCCAAGGAGCAAGGCACAAAGGUUGAGCUGGUGUAUGGAGAGGGCAUGAUUCACGUGUGGCCUAUUCUACCCAUUCAAGAGGGCAGGCAAGCUGUGGACAAGAUGGUCGAAUGGUUGGGGAUCAGUUAA